UCGGCAAGAAGGGUCGGACACGUAAGAUUCUCAUUACUCCAAUGGGUGAUUGGGGUUCGUGUACUUUCAACGAUAGUGUUAAGAUUCAGUCUUGCUAUGGGAUUGCGUUCGGUGGUUUCAAGUUCACAGGAGCCGAUACAUUCGGACGCUCGCGAGGUUUUCUCGCAGUGGAUUGCACGGAGAGCUCUGUAUUUAAUAUGGCUCCUCUGUCUUACUUCGGUGGGCAAACACUCGAUAACACACCUUCGUGGGAUAUCGAAUUUGUCAAUAUGGUAGUUCCAGAGGCAAACGUAAAGUACGAUGUGAACAACAACGCAGAUACAGCUGCAUUUCGUACAGGAUCAAAUGCACCGGUUAACAACGUUCGCUUUCUCGGCUGCUAUUUCGCGCCAUCUUACCGCGAAGCUGGCUCGAAGGCUCAUACUGAUUCGCUUCAGUUCUCCGGAGCGAGUACAUACUCUAAUAUUCGACUCGAAAAUACGGUGGCGUUCGGCAGCACCAAUGCAGCAAUUCAGGUCGGUUCUGCACGUGACUAUAUGUUCAUCCGCACACUCAUCAUUGGCAGUAAGAUGACUUGCGUGCGCUAUCCUGUUCCUGCAGGUGCCGAUGGAUACUCACUCGGCUUCGUCAAUCCAAAUGCGAUCAAUGGUGCAGCAACAAAUGCGACGGCAAUCGAUUCAAUCAUCAUUGGAUCGAUUGGUUCAACACGCUGGGCUUUCCAAUCGGGCUCGACAAUCAGCUAUGUUCCACAAAAUUCGCAACAGCCAGCUUCUGGAUCGAAAUGGACAGUGGAUACUUCGCUUCUCAAUCUGAACACAACAUGGAUCGAUGAUCACGUUGCUUAUCCAACUAAUAUCUAUUUGGAGAACAUCUUUGGUCAUAUAGCUCAAAUGGUGAAUGUUGAACGUCCCAUGCCAGCAAUGCCUGUGCGCAGUUGAUAGUGACGAGCGAGAUAACGAUUGUGUUAUGAAUACUAUGUUCAACGAAUUUGUAUCACAAAUAAAAAUUGAUCAUUUUCGGGAACUUCCCUGAGAAAGAAUUCGUUGUAUUUCGCUAGAACUAAUUGCUUCUAGGUGCUUUCAAACUAUUGCAAUCCUAUUCUUUGUUCACAUCUUUUCUUACCUCAGUGAAAUACGUUGGAACCAGAGGUAGCAAGAAAACAAGUUGACUAAGAAUGCAUGUGUCAGGCUUCACUAGAAGUCACUUCACUUCGUUUCGCCAAAAUGAGGCUCUCAACGAGCAAUCUUAUACCUGAUCACAUAAGUCGGACAAACCAGAAAGAAAAGCUCACCUUUCAGUCUGAGUCGUGCAGGAUGCUUUGAGAGCCUUAAAGGAUGUUUGAAUUUUUCAAGGUAAAUAGGAAACGACACACAAUGUAAUGCAGCACCUACUAAAAUAAGCAAACAAGCAUUGCUGGCAGGCUCACUACCUUGUACAACAUAGUAUUUGCUCAACAUGUUGAGUAUGGUCCUAAUGAUCAUCGCUUUCUGACCGGCAUCAUAUGACACUUUGGCUUCUGAGAAAAUUUUCAGGCUGACUAUCAUUAAUAACACGAAUAGUCUGCAAAAAAAGAGAGGAAUCGCAUCAGAGCAAGCCCAUUCUGGUGUCAUCGAAUCGAUGAUCACCAGAACAAUAUCACAAACAGAUUUUAAAAGAGUUUCCUCACCAUCAUGAUUCAAUUCGAAGCGAAAUUGCCUCACUAUUCACCGUUUUAAUUCCUUGUACAGAAUGACAUUGAAGCGUUAAUUGAGAUUUAGUCAAUUGUAGGAGAGAUCCGAGAUGGAUCGAUAGGAGAGACUUUCGAGUAGAGGGACUCGUCAGGCAACACUUCCAGGUGGCGAUUACUGAUGUCGAACAUCACCAGUAAACUUCAAAGCGUUGAGAGAUUGGUUUCUUUUGCUUUCGUCGUUACGUAUACAAUUACACAAAUCUCUUGAAUAAAAUUACACAUAUUUCAUGAUAGGAUUUCUCGAGGAUGCUCGAAAAUAGUGAGAGUACCAAAUUCUUGUUGAAAAUCGAUGCCCUUCAAAGGACAAUCGGCUUGAAAGACGAAUCAAAAGGCCGAAUCUGAAGCAAAUUUUGUAAUUUGUCGACUAUAAUCUAUCAAGCACUAUCUGUUAUCUUUCUUUUCGCUUAAAAUUAUUUAAUAACUAAUUGUAGAGAAACUAAGUGUAUAAAAAUAUAACAAAAUUUCUGUCGAAAAAUCCAAUACAUUACCAUAUUAGCCAAAAAAUUCAUAUUCGUGAAAUCUUUGAUAAAAAUUUUCUUUUAAAAAUAAAUGAUUAAGUCAGAGUUGGCCAUCAUUCAUAUCAUCUAUAUAUCCCGUUUUGUAAACGAAUCAUGGUAACAAUACAUGCUCACGUCAUGCUUAUUUUUUAAUUGGUCAGGAUCUUACAGUGGAGCGGAAAUGGAAUGGACUGAAUCUUAUGAUGACAUUGUUGAUGUAUUUAAUUAUAAUAAUUAGAUUUAUUGAGCUCAACAAAAUAUGAAGUACAUAUAAAUGGACUUUCAACAGUGAUGUUGACUCAUUUGAUUUUACACUUGAACGAUUAAAUGAUUAAUAUUCCAAAUAGUGAAAGAAUAAAGUCUAGAUACUGCAAAUCCAUGUGGUUCUCCUGUGUCUCUUUCUCUUGUGUGUGCCUAUCUCUCUAAAGUAUAUAUUUGAUACAUCUGCCUUUCUAGAUUGUUUCUAAUUGACAUAAAUACACCAUGAAUAAAUAAUUGCUGGUACUGAUGACUACUGAUUUUUGCUUGUUUGCAUGAUUUAGAAUGCUUUUCAAAACCAAUGCACCGACGCAUAUCGAUUUAUCCAUCGAUAUCGAAUCAUAUACUUAUAUGCAUUCUUUUUUGUUUUCUAUAUUUCCGUCUUUAUUUCUAGUUAUCGUACGACUAAUUCUGACUGCUCGAAAGAAGAAAAAAAAGAAACACCCACACCCAUGUUCACACCCAGAUCGAUCAAGAAUACUAAAAGUUUGGCUUUUUAUGCUUUCAGCUUUCCUGUCUGUGAAGCAAUACUUGAAGUCAAAAAAUAAAAAUUUUACCAGAACAUCGAUUUCUCAGUUCAGUUGAUCUAAAAAGGUUCUCGUAAAAUAUGAUGGUCGAAUUUCAACCAUGUUUAGAACAUGAUACUACUAUUUUUUUUUUGAAAGAUUCAUUGAAUUCUUGCAUUGAGACUCUAUCACUAUUCUUAUCUUAAUUUUUACAAGCAUCCGAAUAUUGCCCAAGUGCAGAGACAGCAAUGGUUAUCAAGCAAAGAUCAACAAAAAUGGUGUGCAUAUAGAGAAAAAAUAAUAAUAAGAGCACGAGUGUAAAUAUCACUACAGGUUUUCUCUGCAUUUACAAGUGUUUUUAUUCUGAAGAUGUAUCAAAGAAUAUUAGCCAUCUUCAGCCUACACACUAUCAUUUUUAUUAGUCAAUAUCAAGCUACGCCAUUAGAUGACUAUGUGAACGCACCUGAUCCAUAUUUCAGUUGGACUAUUAUUGAGACAUAUGAGGAGCCUGAUUACAAAUUGUAUAUUGUAAAUUUGACGUCACAAAAAUGGAUAGACGAAACAUUUUCUUCUCGACCUAUCUGGUGGCAUUAUUUGUGUAUUACUGUUCCAAAUCAACUCACACGUCCGAAUACAGCAUUUAUGCUGAUCGAUGGUGGUUCUAAUACAGACGGUAUUCCAAAACCAACCGACGAAUCUGUUGCUUUAAUGUCGAUGUUGGCUUUGGGUACUGGAAGUAUCACUGCUGAUCUUCAAGACAUUCCAAAUGUACCUAUUCGGUUCAUGGCAAGUUUUCUUUUGAUUAAUUGGGAAGAGACUCGUAAUGAUAAUGCCGCACUUGCUUGGACUUGGAAAGCAUUCAUCGAUAAUCAAUCAAAUCCAGCAGUAUUGUUACAUUUACCAAUGACGAAAGCUUCGGUUCGUGCAAUGGACGCAGUACAAAAAUUUACAGCUCAAUUACGUAUUCCCGUGCCUGAAACAUUCGUUAUCGGUGGUGUUUCUAAAGUAAAUUAUUUUUUGUUAUAUGAACAUCAAUUAAUUCUUACUCGUAUUGAUAGCGCGGAUGGACAAGUAAGUCAUGUUGGAAGUCUAAAGUUUUUUUUUUUUCAUAUGACUUACUCAUCAGCAUGGACAAUGGCGGCGGUUGACACUAAACGAAUCAUCGGUGCAACAUCCAUUGUUAUGGAUUUAGUAAAUCUUCAAAUUAAUUUACAUCAUCUUUAUCGAUCUUUGAAUGGUUGGACAUUUGCAAUGAAAGAUUUUUAUGAAUUAGAUAUAUUUGGAACUAUUGACACUAAUAAUUUUACUCAAAUGGCAGGGAUUAUCGAUCCAUACAAUUAUUUUAAUCGAUAUACAACAAUCAAAACUUUACAAAUUCAAACAACAGGCGACGAAUUCUUUCUUCUAGACAACGAGAUAUGUCCACCAGAACUUCAACGUGCUACUGGUGGUACAUAUCUCAGGCGAAUACCAAACGCUAAACACCAGUGUAUUGGUCAUUUGAUCAGUAUUGUGCUAACAAUACGAAGUUUUUAUUUGAGUAUUUAUGAAAAACAAACAUUACCUUCGUUACAAUGGAUAAAAUCAUCAAAUAAUACGCAUGGAUACAUUCGUGCUGUUGUUGACUUUAGCGUUGGGCCAAAACCAAUCAACGGUAUUGGUUAUCGAGCUCGAACACUUAAUGAUAAACGACGGGAUUUUCGUCUUUUCAUUGGUGACCCCAGUGAUCCAGUUAAGCCAAUGGCUAAUCCAGUCAUUUGGUUCACGACUCCGCUUGUGACAGAAGCACAAACCGAUACAACAAUUAUUUAUUCGUUAACAAUCGAAAGGCCUCUAGAUGGUUGGGAAGGUUUUUUCAUCCAAGUAAAUUUUCCUGGUCCAGAUGGUUCAGUACUUGAGUUGACAAGCGAAACACAAGUCAUUCCCGACACUUACCCAACGGGUGAUUGUCACAAUGAAGGUUGUGCUGGUACACUCGUUUAA